AUGGCUCAACCUACAGACACUUUGCAAUGGCUACAACUUCUUCAACAGCAACCUCAGCUUCAAAUGCUAAACAAUGUGAAUCAAGUCACUAACCCAUCAUUGACAAACUUGGUCAAUCAAGACCCUCUUGGUGCUUUGAAUACGAUUACGACGACUGCCAGUCUAGAGAACUUGGCCUUCAAACAACCAAAUGUUGUGAAUGCGGACUAUGAUCAAGGCUUAGCCAGUAGGGUAGGUUAUAAUACGUGAUCUUGGCUUUACUCAACAAAAAAUCAUUUCUAUAAAUUUUAAACACACUUUCCCAUACGACUAUAGUAAAAAAGGCUUAAUCCCGGGUACGGAUUGCCUGUUCCAGUUAGACAAGCAAAAAAAUCGUCAUUCCGCAAAAACAACUUUCAAAUUGAUUCUGUGAAUCGAAAGUGCAUGAUAAUAUUGAAAUGUGUAGGAAAGUGCACGUAGGAUUGUACAUACGACAGCGUUCCUAAAGUGCAAAAACUUCUAUGUAAAAAUACGAAAGUGCAAAUGCCCUUUCGCGGGGUUGUCUGUGUUAGAAAAGGGGGCGGCGCUUGUAGUACGAGUAAAUAACUUUGGGGAAAAUAAUAUAAAACGUGGGACGGCCGAGCCGUGUGUUCAGUUUAUAUUCACAUUUACACUUGACUAUACUUUACAUCGACUGUUGCUUGAGUAUAUAUUCAUUAGCUCUGCUACUAAAACUAAUUCAAACUACCGAAACCAAAGUUAAAAAAACAAUGCUAUUCCAGGAACCAAGUCAAAUUGCGGCCACUAUUAUGGCGCUUCAAAGCCAACAAACCCCUCAAGCAAUGUUGCCAGUAACUCCUCCUCAAGUUACUUUGUAUCAUUUGUUACAACAACAACAGCAACAACAAGCUCAACAAGAGAUGCUUAAUCUAUUGCUUGCUAAUCAAAACACCAACCCUACGAUUACAGUCAACGAUAUCCAACAGUUCUUGCAGAUGCAAAUGCAACAGCUGAACAAUGCUGGACCUUCGCAGAUUCCAGCUACUAAUGGGUUGCAACAUAUUCCUCAGCCAGCGGUAAGUAUUUUAUUAGAAAAUAAACGUUUUUAAGCCUAUUGCCAAUUGAAAAUUUUUUAAGCCUAAUACAUACCACAAAGCUUAAAAAAGUUAUCAAAGAAUGAUGACUAAAACCUUGAAAUCAAGCUAGUCAGACUAAGCCUAACCAAACCUUAUUUUCAGGCCCAAGGAAAGCGCGCAUCAUCGACCGAACUCCCCACCAACUGUCGUAAGCGUAGUGGAGGAAAUGGUUCUGGGGAUGUUACUCCACCGAAGAAGCCCAUGAACAACGAGAACAGCCCAUCGCCACCACCUCAAAUGCGAGAACGUUCUCAUACUCUGCCAGUACGAAUUGUUGGCCAUGAGAAACCAAAACGCAAAAUCGAUCCUUUCGACCCAAUUCAGAACGCCAAGUACAUCACCAAUGAUCCCAACUCGCCCUAUCGGCAUCAUCCUAUCAAUGUAAUUUUGGUUUUAAAGUUUUUGGUUUUACUAUAGAAAUGCCUUUACAUAAGGUUUUUACUAAAGUUUUUACCAUCUUUGCUUACUUUUCUAAACCAUGUUUUUAACUAGAGCUAUCCUUAAUCACUACAUAGGCACUCAUUUACAUUAUCCAUACUAAUUUUACCCCCCUUUUUCAGCAAAAACGAAGCAAAAAUGCCGAGAUAAUCGCCGACAUUUGCCGCGACUUUGUGGAAAUGGUACUGAAACAAAGCCCAGACUUUAACGAAAACGGAUUGUGGUUUGCUAAAAACUAA